UAAACGUGACAGCCACUGCAGUUGUAAAGACGCGACGAAAAUGGCUACGUGUGUAAUGAUACGUUGCUUGUCUUCCAACUUUACCUCUGCCAUGCCCGUUCUCUACAGUUCGGCACAGCUAACUCCCUCUCGGCUGGUAUCAAAGGCAUAUGUACUACGGACUCUGUUCACUACCACCCGACUCUCAUCAGCUCUUAAAUUCACAGACAAACACGAAUGGAUACGAGUAGAGGGAGAGGUAGGGACGGUUGGCAUCAGCAAAUUUGCUCAGGAGGCUCUAGGAGAUGUGGUGUACUGUGGACUACCAGAGGUUGGCACACAGCUGGCACAGACUGAUGAAUUUGGAGCAUUGGAGAGUGUGAAGGCAGCCAGUGAGCUGUACUCUCCUCUAACCGGGGAAGUCACAGAGGUCAACACACUCCUGGCAGACAACCCCGGCCUCGUCAACAAGUCCUGCUACAAAGACGGAUGGCUGAUGAAGAUGACCAUUGCUAACCCUAAGGAGCUGGAUGCUCUGAUGGAUGAGAAGGCUUAUGAGAGAUACAUCAGAUCCAUAGAAGACUAGCACCGCCUAGACGCAACCCUUAUCAACCCCUCACCUGCCUAGCAAUCCCUACUAGAGAGGAAGUGCACCAGUUGUGCCGGGAGUCAGAUGUGACACUACACCAGGAAACCACCAGAAACGCCAGAGGAGCAGCAGAGCUCAUCCAUAUUGACUUGCCAGUGUUAUUGUGGUCUUCAUGUUAAGUCUUUAGUGUACUGGUAAUGACUAUGACUUACUGGGGAUGCUGGGAGCAAAUGUCUUACACAUGUGGCAUGAUGUACUAUACAUGGCUGAUGUAGAGUGAUACUGUUUGAGUCCUGAUGCAUUCUCUGGCUGAAUCUCAAGUCUUAUCCUUGAUUCCUUGUGUCCUUUCUCCACCUCCUUAAAACAUUAGAGGGUUUCAUUUUGAUGUUUUGAGGAGUAAAGUACACAAAAGAAUUGAGGAAAAUACUUGUUUAAGAUUAAUCCUCAGUCUUCCACUCAAAGCCUUCCCCAAGCACAGGGGAUGAGGAACUUAUGCUGCAUUCAUAAAUAAGUGAGAAGGUGUUAAUUAUACCAGUUGUGAAAUCGUAAAUACCAUUUGGAUGUAUUCGCAUGCUUUUAACUCGUUGAAAAAUGGGAUGAUAGACGAGUUUCCCACUAGUAAUUAUUGUAGGGGGGUUUAAGUGGAUUUUUCCCAGUUGUAUGUGGUAAAUACCACCUUCCCACUUGGUUAUGAGUGCAGCAUCAAGACUGAACACUACUGGGAAAAAUAGUCCUCAGAAUUGCACUAUCAAAUACAGCUGUCUGGAUCAGUCCAUCUGGUAGGGGAGGGGGAAGGGCUAAUAAUAAAGCACUUUGGAUCUGGAGCAGGCUGGUUUCUACUGUAUGUUGUUGUGCAUCUGUAUGCACAGCAUGUACUGGCACUAUGAAGAUUACAUAAAAAAUAAAACUCUUGACUUGCA